ACACAUAUGGCUCCACCUUACCAGAGAGGGGAGGGUCACAGACUGGCAGGCACUGAAAUCUAUGUGUGGACACAACAUUUCUGCGAAGUCAUUGAACCCUGAGCUCCCUUGCAGUCCGAGGGAAGCCAUGCUGGACGAAGAUGGAUACAUCACCUUAAAUAUUAAAAAUCGAAAGCCAGCUCUCACCCCAGUUGACCCUGCUUCCUCACCUGUGUGGCGUGUGAUGGCUUUGAUUCUGCUGACCUUGUGCAUGGGGUUAGUUGUUGGGCUGGUGGCUCUGGGGAUAAUGUCCGUCACAGAGCAAAAUUACCAACAAGUGGAGAAUAAUAAUGUCUCAGGAACUCUGCACCAAGUAGCAAAGAAGUUCUGCCAAUAUUUAAUAAAACAAUUGGAACAAAAGAGCAGUGUCAGCCAUAAAUGCAGCCCAUGUGACAGAAACUGGAGAUAUUAUGGAGAUAGUUGCUAUGGAUUCUUCAGGCGCAACUUGACAUGGGAAGAGAGUAAGCAGUUCUGUAUUAACAUGAACGCUACUUUGCUGAAGAUCGCGAGCCAGAACGUUCUGGAAUACAUGAAGUCUAGGACUGGAUUAAUGCGUUGGGUUGGAUUGUCCCGCAAGAACCCUAAUGAAGUCUGGAUGUGGGAAGAUGGCUCUGUGCCCUCCAAAAAUGUGUUUCAGGUUUCUGGAAAUGAAAGAGAAAAUAUGAACUGUGCUUAUUUUUAUGAUGGGAAAAUUUACCCGACCUUCUGUAAGAACAAACAUCAUUUGACGUGUGAGAGGAAGGCAGGCAUGGUGAAUGUGGACACAUUACUUUAAUGCAAAGAGAUGAGCAGGAUGUCAUAGACAAGUGCUUGAUUAUACAAUGAAAGAUCUGGAUGAAGUACUCACUAGCCAUAAAAUUGCUUAUUAUUCCCUUUAUUCCCCUUGGAGUCAUCUUUACCUCAUCUUUUCUACCAAUAUCACCUCAUCCUUUCUUUGUAUAUCCCUUUAUACUAAGGGAUGACUUCACCCCUUCUUUAUACAUCCAGAAUCCUGUCUGUGAGUUGAUCAUUUGUUCUCAAUUGUUCCGUUUCCAUGGAUUUUCUUUCUUCUUGUCUUCAUUCCUAAUUAUCUCAGCAUGGUAUGAUUCACCACAUCUUCGGACAUAAACAUAUACACUUUAAAUUGAAAUAAGAAAGGUUAGGAGUUAAUUGACUCAAGUUGUGCAAAAUAUCUAAGUCUGAAAGACAGCAUGAGGUAGUGGAAAGAAUACUAAACCUGGAAUCAGUAGAACAAUCUAGAUGGUGUGAUUCCUUAAUUAACGUAUAACCGUGGACCAACUAGUCAUGUAACCUCUUUACCAUUCAUUUUCUCAUAUUUCAAAUAGAAUAACACCCAUUACUUCACAGCUGUACAACCUAACAAAACAUGGGAGUAGUAGCUAUGUCAGAAAUUCCAUAAAGGCCAACGUCAUGGCUUUCCCAUUUGCUGUUGUAUGCCUGGCACCAAGCAUGGUUCCUGGCUCACUGGAAACAGAAAAAAAUGGUUGCUUUUCAUUAUGUGAGAAACACCACAAUCUGUAAAACACUACACAAUUAUAAUUUGGAUUCCAGGUCCACCUUUGGUCAGAUUCUACAGCAAGGGAAUUAAAGUUUCCUUCUGGGGAAGGAAAAUGAAAUUUCUGUGCAAGGAACUUGAUAGUGUUUGAAAAUAAGAAAAUACUUCUUAAGAAGGCCUAUAGGCAAGUAGACAAAACAGCAAGUACAAAUGUUUUAUCUUUUCCUGACAGUUCUAUGUUUGGUUUUUGCUGAGCAACUCAUGAAGUAUUUAUGGAUAUGUGGUGAGGCAGCCUUUCACAGGAUAACAGGCAAAAAUUGCACUUCUUUCCCACAGCUUCCCUGAAGCUGCUUUUUCUUCUUACAUUGGUAGUAACAAAAUUUAUGAAUAUGAUUCUCAAACAUCUCAACUGAGAUGUUUGUUAAAACAUGCAGAUACUCAAGCACAAAUACUCAAGGUUCUCAGUUGGAAGGCUGAGGAGACACUGAGACCUGGGCUUUUAAUAAGCUCCCCUACCUGAUUCUGAUCAAGUACUUUUUAAUACAUUUUGAGAAAAGUUACAUUGAAACUUACUCCCUAUGUGGCUUUUGCUAAGUUACUCUGUUUCCUCAUUUAUGAAGUGGGCUUAAUAUUAUUAUUUUACUCAUAGGUAAUAGCGAGGAUCAUU